AUGCCUUUCAUGAUGAUGACCGCUGUCCUCUUCCUCGCUCUCUUCCAGAGCAUCUCAGCCGUGCCGGCUCCCUUCACCGGCUUUCCGGAGACCGACAUUAACAGUGGCAAGAAACCCGGACAUUACGCCCCCGGCACCGUUCCAGGCUCAUCUGGCAUCCAACCCACAACAUCAUACCCGCAGACCGAUUAUACUCCUUUUAUUGAUAACGUUAACGGAGGCAAGAAACCCGGAUAUUACGCCCCCGGCACCGUUCCAGGCUCAUCUGGCAUCCAACCCACAAUAUCAUACCCGCAGACCGAUUAUACUCCUUUUAUUGAUAACGUUAACGGAGGCAAGAAACCCGGAUAUUACGCCCCCGGCACCGUUCCAGGCUCAUCUGGCAUCCAACCCACGAUAUCAUACCCGCAGACCGAUUAUACUCCUUUUAUUGAUAACGUCAACGGUGGCAAGAAACCCGGAUAUUACGCCCCCGGCACCGUUCCAGGCUCAUCUGGCAUCCAACCCACGAUAUCAUACCCGCAGACCGAUUAUACUCCUUUUAUUGAUAACGUCAACGGUGGCAAGAAACCCGGACAUUACGCCCCCGGCACCGUUCCAGGCUCAUCUGGCAUCCAACCCAUGAUAUCAUACCCGCAGACCGAUUCUACCCCUUUUAUUGAUAACGUUAACGGAGGCAAGAAACCCGGAUAUUACGCUCCCGGCACCGUUCCAGGCUCAUCUGGCGUCCAACCCUCAAUCUCACACCCGCCUUACAACCAACCAACUCGUCUUUAUAAUAGUCCCGAUUUUGCUACCCUUUACGCCGCAUACCUCAGAUCCCUUUAUGGCGGUAGUCUUCUUGGCACCGGCUCGACUACCCCUGGCUCUUUUGGUUAUUCAGAUCCACGCGGAUUGCUGUCGGCAAAGGGCGAGGAAGCAUCUAUCGACGACAAUAAACAUUAG